AGAAGAAAAAGGAGGAGGAGGAGGAGGAGGGGGAGGAGCUGUAAAUUCCGAGUGGCGAAGAGCGACGCUGAACGCACCCCAGCGAGGAUCCAAAAGCCCAAAAAGUUCGGACUCGCGCCGAGUCGAGCACCGCGGCUCCCGAAACCCGAAGGCAACCAUGCCCACCACGGAGAAGGACCUGGCGGACGACGCGCCUUGGAAGAAGAUCCAACAGAACACCUUCACGCGCUGGACCAACGAGCACCUCAAGUGCGUCAACAAGCGGAUCGUGGACCUGCAGCUGGACCUGGGCGACGGCCUGCGGCUCAUCGCGCUCCUGGAGGUCCUGAGCCGCCAGAAGAUGCACCGCCGCAUCCACCCCAGGCCCAACUUCAGGCAGAUGAAGCUCGAGAACGUCUCGGUGGCGCUCGAGUUCCUCGACAAGCAGAACGUCAAGCUCGUCUCCAUCGACUCUAAAGCGAUUGUGGACGGCAACCUGAAGCUGAUCCUGGGUCUGGUGUGGACCCUGAUCCUGCACUACUCCAUCUCCAUGCCCAUGUUGGAGGACGGCGACGACGAGUCCGAGUCCAAGACCCCCAAGCAGCGUCUGCUGGGCUGGAUCCAGAACAAAGUCCCCGACAUGCCCAUCACUAACUUUCACCAGGACUGGCGAACGGGGAAGGCGCUGGGGGCGCUGGUGGACGGCUGCGCGCCAGGCUUGUGUCCCGACUGGGAGACUUGGGAUCCGGUGAAGCCGGUGGAGAACGCCACAGAAGCGAUGCGGCUGGCCGACGACUGGCUGGGCAUCCCGCAGGUGAUCGCCCCAGAGGAGAUCAUCGACCCGCAGGUGGACGAGAUGUCGGUGAUGACGUACUUGUCGCAGUUCCCCAAAGCCAAACUGAAGGCCGGCGCUCCCCUCAAGCCCAAACUCAACCCCAAGAAGGCGCGAGCCUACGGGCCAGGUAUCGAAGCGACGGGCAACCGGGUGUUCCGACCUGCCGUCUUCACGGUGGACACGUUCAGCGCCGGGCAGGGUCAAGUGGCCGUCUAUCUGGACCAACCGGACGGCACCAGACAAGAGCUGAGGGCGGAGCCCAACGAUGCCAAGAAGACGUACAGCGUCUCCUACGUCCCUCAAGUAGUCGGAACUCACAAGGUGACGGUGUUGUUUGCGGGCCAGCCCAUCCCCAAGAGCCCCUUCCAGGUGGGCGUGGACAAAGCGUUGGGCGACGCCUCCAAGGUGGUGGUGAAAGGGCCCGGAAUCGAACCCGUGGGCCACGUCGCUAACAGGCCCACGUACUUUGAGAUCCACACUGCAGGAGCCGGUACGGGAGACGUGACGGCGACCAUCAAAGACCCGCAAGGGCGAGACAACGUCGUGGAGGCGAUGAUGGAGGACAAGGGCGACGGCCUGUACCGCUGCACCUACCGGCCCGCGCAGGCCGGCCUGCACUCGCUCGCCGUCACCUUCGGGGGCGCCCCUGUGCCCAAGAGUCCAUUCUGCGUGGACGUGGGACCGGCCUGCCUACCGAGCGCGUGCAGGGCGACCGGUCGCGGCCUGCAGGCGACGGGUAUGAGGGUGCGACAGGUGGGCGACUUCAAGGUGGACACCGGGAACGCCGGCAGUGGAGAACUGAAGGUCCUCCUCAAAGACCCAAAGGGCGUCGAGGCGAGUGUGAAGCAGAUCUCCGGUCAGGACGGCGUGCACGCUUUCGAGUAUUACCCGCUCGGUCCGGGCAAAUACACCGUCUGCGUGACGUGGGGUGGGCAGCACAUCCCCAAGAGUCCCUUCGAGGUCCUGGUGGGUCCCGAGGCGGAAGGCCAGCAGAUCCGGGCGUGGGGUCCCGGUCUGGAAGGGGGCGUCGUGGGUAAACCGGCCAUUUUUGUGGUGGAGUCUGUGGGCAGCGACGUCGGCGUCCUGGGCUUUGCCAUCGAGGGUCCGUCCCAGGCCAAGAUCGAGUGCGAGGACCAGAACGACGGCUCCUGCGACGUCCGCUACUGGCCCACCGAGCCGGGCGAGUACGCCGUCCACGUCACCUGUGACGACGACGACAUCGAGCGCAGCCCCUUCAUGGCCUGCAUCCUGCCCGAUCGCCAUAGCAACCAGCCAGACAAGGUUGAAGCGUUCGGGCCCGGGCUGGAGAAGAGCGGCUGUCUGGUCGGCCAGCCCACAGAGUUCACCGUCAACGCUAAGGAUGCUGGGAACGGACCGCUCAAGAUCAUGGCGCAGGACGCGGACGGUCUGCCCGUGGAGGUGAAAGUGCGCAGCAAAGGCGAGGGCCAGUAUUCGUGCUCGUACACGCCCGCCUCGGCCCUCAAACACACGCUGGCCGUGGUCUGGGGGGGCGUCAGCAUCCCCGGGAGCCCCUUCCGGGUGAACGUGGGCAAAGGCAGCCACCCGAGCCAGGUGAAAGUUUUUGGGCCGGGAGUGGAGCGGACGGGACCCAAAGCCAACGAGCCCACGCAUUUCACCAUCGACUGUUCCGGGGCGGGCGACGGCGACGUCAGCGUGGGCAUCAAGUCUGACGGCAACAUGGUGGGCGACCGGGAGGCCGACGUGGACUUUGACAUCAUCCCCAACGCCAACGACACCUUCACCGUCAAGUACAUCCCGCCCAACGCGGGCCAGCUCACCGUUAAAGUGCUCUUCACUGACAAGGAAGUUCCCCAGAGUCCUUUCCUGGUCAACGUGGAUCCCUCCCACAACGCAGCCAAGGUCAAAGCCGAGGGCCCCGGAUUGGCCGUCACGGGCGUGGAGAGCCGAAUACCGACUCACUUCACGGCCCUGACGAAAGGAGCGGGCAAGGCGCCGUUGGACGUUUCCUUCUCGUCUCCCGUCAAAGAUUUUGACAUCAUCGACAACUACGACUACUCCCACACCGUCAAGUACACGCCAGUCACGCCGGGCCCGAUGACCAUCGGGGUGACGUUCGGCGGCGACCCCAUCGCAAAAAGUCCCUUUGCGGUGAACGUGGCGGAACCCCUGAACCUCAAUAACGUGGGCGUGGACAACCUGGACGGACGAGUGGAGGUGGGCCAAGAGCAGCACUUCCUGGUUGACGUGAAGGGGGCCGGCGGUCAAGGACGCCUGGAAGUUGAGCUGCUGAGUCCCAGCCAGCGUUCCGUGCCGUGUAAAGUGGAGCCGCAGCCCGGAAAUGCCCAGGUGCGUCGGGUGCGUUACACCCCCACGGAAGAGGGGGUGUACGCCGUCAACGUGUCCUACGACGGACACCCAAUCCCCGGGAGCCCCUUCCCCGUGGAGGGCCUGCUGCCUCCGGAUCCCAGCAAGGUGAAGGCUCACGGUCCGGGUCUGAAGGGAGGUUUUGUGGGCAACCAGGCCGAGUUCACAAUUGACACCAAAGGGGCCGGCACGGGUGGUUUGGGUUUGACGGUGGAGGGGCCCACGGAGGCCAAGAUUGAGUGCUCGGACAACGGGGACGGGACCUGUUCGGUCUCUUACCUUCCCACGGAACCUGGAGAAUAUCUGGUCAACAUUCAGUUCGAGGAGGUCCACAUUCCGGGCUCCCCCUUCCGGGCAGACAUCCAGAUGCCUUUUGACCCGAGCAAAGUGGUGGCCACCGGGUCGGGCCUGAGCAAGGCCAAGGUAGGAGAGGCCAGUGCGGUCAACGUCGACUGCACUCGUGCUGGACGGGGUCAACUCAGCCUGGAGGCCGUUCAAGCGUCGUCUCCUGUUGCUGCACCCGCCGGCGUGAAAGCAAAGACCGAGAUGGUGGACAACAAAGACGGGACUUACACGGUCACGUACGUUCCUCCCACGUCGGGGGCGUACACACUCCUGCUCAAGUACGGCGGCAAGGCCGUUCCCGGUUUCCCCGCCGAGGUGACGGUGGCCCCGGCCGUCGACGUCUCUCAAGUCAAAGUGUCGGGCCGUGGACUGGAUGGCAAAGGCGUCUUCAGGGAAGCCACCACCGCGUUUACGGUAGACGCUCGCCCUUUGGGCCGGCAGGGUGGGAAAAGGGUGAAAGCCGAGAUCAGGAACCCGUCCGGGGCCCUGACAGAGUGCCUGGUCAAAGACAAGAACGACGGCACGUACAGCGUGGAAUACACGCCCUAUGAGAACGGCGAGCACAGUGUGCAGGUUCUCUAUGACGACACCCCCGUUCUGAAGAGCCCAGCCCGGGUUUGCGUGUCUGACGGCUGCGACCCCGGUAGGGUGGUCGCCACGGGCCCGGGACUCCAGAAAGGCCUGACCGACAAGACCAACUCCUUCAACAUCAUUACCAGGGGGGCGGGCACCGGCGGCCUGGGCAUCACUGUCGAGGGUCCCUCCGAAUCCAAGAUGGCGUGCAAAGACAACAAAGAUGGCAGCUGCAGCGUGGACUACGUCCCCUUGGUGCCGGGCCUCUACGACGUCAACAUCGUCUACGGAGGAGAGCACAUUCCCGGAAGUCCCUUCAAGGUCCCGGUGGAGGACCUCGUAGACCCCAGCGAGGUGAAGGUGUCCGGCCCGGGGGUGUCCCCGGGGGUCCGCGCCAACAUCCCUCAGGCGUUCACGGUGGACUGCAGCAAGGCGGGCUUGGCGCCGCUCGCCGUCACGGUGGUCACCCCCAAAGGCUCGUCGGAGCCCGCGGAGGUGUCGGACAACGGGGACGGCACCCACACGGUGUCUUACACGCCCUCCGUGGAGGGCGCCUACUCUGUGGCCGUCCAGUACGCCGAAGAGGACGUCCCCAAGAGUCCAUUCCGCGUUCGGGUGCUUCCCACCCACGACGCCAGUAAAGUCGUAGCCAGCGGCCCCGGACUGAAAAGCGAAGUGCUCGCCAGUUUCCCGGUGGAGUUCACCAUCGACGCCAAGCAAGCGGGACAAGGACAAGUCGCCGUGCUCAUCACUGACCAGGACGGCAAACCCAAGCUGCCCACGAUCCACAACAACGGAGACGACACGUACAAGGUGUCGUACGUACCCGACCGCGCGGGUCGCUACACCAUCGUCAUCAAGUACGGCGGCGACGACAUCCUGGCCUCGCCCUACCGGGUCCAGGCCGCCGUGACAGGAGACGCCAGCAAGUGCACAACAAGCGGGCCCAAAUUGGGCCUAAGGGAGGGCCCGGACAAGGAGCUCUUCCUCCUGGUCGACGCCAAGAGCGCGGGCGAAGGAAUGAACUGCGUGGUGGUGCAGCCCGACGGCAGCGAGGUGGACGCCCAGGUGACCGACAACCACGACGGAACCUUCGAGGCGUUCUGUACGCUCCCGGAGCCCGGCGACUACGUCAUGUACGUGCGCUUCGGUGGGGAAAACAUUCCCGGCAGUCCCUUCAAAUUCAAAGACAAGUUGACGUCCGAGGAUUCGGGCGACGACGUGAACGGCGGCGGCGGCGGCGGCUUCAGACCCUUCCACAUGCUCAUUCCGUUCUCCUUCAAGAGGGGCCAGGUCACAGGCGAGGUUCUGAUGCCGUCUGGAAAGUCCGCUCAGCCGCUGAUCACGGACAACCUGGACGGGACGGUCACGGUGCAGUUCUCUCCCACCGAAGCCGGCCUGCAUGAGAUGCACAUCAAGUACAACGGAGCGCACAUCCCAGAGUCUCCUCUCCAGUUCUACGUGAACCGCUCCACCAGUCCCAGCGUGUCUGCCUACGGUCCAGGCCUCAGCUACGGCGUGGCCAAUAAGACUGCGGCGUUCACCGUCAACACGGAGGAUGCGGCUGAAGGUGGUCUGGACCUGGCCAUCGAGGGUCCGUCCAAGGCGGAGAUCAGCUGCGUGGACAACAAGGACGGCUCGUGCAGCGUCACCUACCUUCCGACGCUGCCGGGUGAUUACAACAUCUUGGUCAAGUACAACAACGAGCACAUCGCCGGCAGCCCGUUCACCGCCAGGAUCACGGAGGACAAACAGCGGCGCUCUCAGGUGAAACUGGGCUCGGCGGCCGACUUCUUCCUGAACAUCGACGAGACGGACCUGAGCCUCCUCAGCGCCAGCAUCGCCGCCCCGUCCGGCCGCGAGGAGCCCUGCCUGCUCAAGAGGAUGGCCAACAACCACGUGGGCAUCUCCUUCAUCCCCCGCGAGGUGGGCGAGCACCGGGUCAGCGUCACCAAGAACGGACGGCACGUGGCCGGCAGCCCCGUCGGCAUCACCAUCGUCCAGUCCGAGAUCGGCGACGCCGGACGCGUCAGGGCGCACGGCGACGGGCUGGUGCGGGGAACCACCUUCACCGACGCCAGCUUCGUGGUGGACACUCGCGAGGCCGGUUACGGUGGGCUGGCUCUGGCCGUGGAGGGUCCGAGCAAGGUGGACAUCCAGACGGAGGACGUGGAGGACGGGACGUGCCGCGUCACCUAUUGUCCCACCGAGCCUGGAAACUACUUGGUCUCCAUUCGCUUCUCUGAGAAGCACAUCACAGGAAGUCCGUUCACGGUGCAGGUGACUGGGGAGGGUCGCAUCCGGGAGAGCGUCACCCGCAAACAGAGGGCAGCGCCCGUCGCCGGCGUGGGCAGCGUCUGCGACCUCAGCCUCAAGAUACCAGCCCUGGACACGCGCGACGUCACGUCCGAGGUGAGGUGCCCGUCGGGCGCCACUCGGCCCGCCCAGCUGGUGGCCGCGGGCGACGACACCUACUGCGUGCGGUUCGUGCCCAGCGAGAUGGGCGUGCACCGGGUGAGCGUCAGGUACCGCGGCGCCCACGUGCCGGGCAGCCCCUUCCAGUUCACCGUGGGGCCGCUGGGCGAGGGCGGUGCCGCUAAAGUCAAAGCGGGAGGCCCGGGACUGGAGGCCGCGCUGGUGGGUGAAGCAGCGGAGUUCAGUAUCUGGACCAGGGAGGCCGGCGCCGGGGGUCUGUCUGUGGCGGUGGAGGGUCCCAGCAGGGCGGAGAUCUCCUUCGAUGAUCGCAAAGACGGAUCCUGCGGCGUCUCUUAUGUGACGCAGGAGCCCGGCGACUACGAGAUCGCCAUCAAAUUCAACGAGCAGCACAUCCCAGAGAGUCCCUACCUGGUCCACGCGGCGCCCCCACCCUACGACGGCCACCGCCCGGCCGUCGCCGGACUUCUUCAGAAAUCGGGUCUGAAGGUGAAUCAGCCGGCGUCGUUCAACGUGUCGAUGGAAGGAGCCCGAGGAAAACCGGAGGCCAAGGUGACCGCCCCCUCGGGGGCUCAGGAGGACUGCGUCAUCACACACCUGGAAAAAGACAAGUACUCGAUCCGCUUCGUCCCCCGGGAGCGAGGCCUCCACACGGUGGACGUCAAGUACCGCGGCGCCCACGUGCCGGGCAGCCCCUUCCAGUUCACCGUGGGGCCGCUGGGCGAGGGCGGAGAAGCCGCGCUGGUGUCGGCGUACGGCGCCGGCCUGGAGACGGGCACCACAGGCGUCCAGUCGGAGUUCGUCAUCGACAACACGGCGGCGGGCCAGGGCGCGCUGGCCGUGACGGUGGAGGGUCCGUCCAAGGUUCAGAUGGAGUGUCUGGAGGUGGACCGGGGCUACAAGGUGCUGUACACGCCCAUGGCGCCGGGCAGCUACGUGGUGGCCAUCAAGUACGGCGGGCCGCAGCACGUCGCCGGCAGCCCCUUCGUGGCCAAAGUCACGGGUCCUCCUUUGGUGAACGUGACCGACGCCAGCGUGUCGUCCACCCUGACCCUCGACCCCCCGGAGGGAGCGGCGGCGGCGGGCGGCGGCCUUCCCGCCUCCGACGCCAGCAAGGUUCUGAGCCGAGGCCUGGGCCUGAGCAAGGCUUUCGUGGGCCAGAAGAGCAGCUUCUCGGUGGACUGCAGCAAGGCCGGUAAGAACAUGCUGGUGGUGGGCGUGCACGGCCCCCAGGUCCCCUGCGAGGAGGUCCUGGUCAAGCACUUGGGCGACCUGCACUACAACGUCAGCUACGUCCUGCGCCAGCGCGGCGACUACGUCCUGGUGGUCAAGUGGGGCGAGGACCACAUCCCCGGCUCGCCCUUCCACGUCAUCGUGCCCUGAUGCCGCAAGAGUGCCCCCUCUAAAAAAAAAAAAAAAAAAAAAUCAAACACUAUACUAAAUAGAAAUACCGUGGAAAAGGAUGCAAGACACUACACUAAUAUAUCCCGACCCCCAUUUACUGCUAAUGAAAAUAUUUGUACUGUACCUCGAAAUGACAAAUUCCGAAACUGGUGACUUUUAUUCCCCCAUAGCUGCAUGUAUUUUUUUUUUUUUUUUUUUUUUUUUAGUAUCGCUCCACCCACAUUAAUUUAGUGACAAAAGAAGGCUAAUACUUUGAUAAAUGUGGACGCCCCUGUUAUGAAACGGCCACCCCGUCACGUAUUUGAACAAAUUGGACAUUAUUUAGAAAGUUUUUGCUCAACAUCCCACUUAGGUGACAAUUUUUGAAACAUUUUGCAUGGACAACUUGAAACCUGUUUGACUUGACCUCAAAGUUGUUGGGGAAAAAAAAAAAAAAAAAACAAAUAACUGUCCGAACCUUUGAAAACUGGAAUUUGUUGUUUUGUGUCGCAAACGUUGCUAAAAACUGGAACCAGAGAACAGGCCGGCGUGUGCUGUGUCACACUCCAUCCAGCAGGGGGGCAGCGCGAACCCGCUUGUCGGACUGGACUCUCGCGUGACUACUGAAGUUGGAUUUCCCGCGCUUGGAACUCCCGCGAUCCUUUGCUGUACUCCCGCAUGCUGGUUUUUUGGGUUUUUUUUUUUUUUUUGGAUUGAUAUUUUCGGGAUUUCUUUUGGCUUCUUCUGAUUUGAAUGUGUUCCAUUGCCAUGUUGAAGGCGUCCUGUUGGUCCUUUUGGACGCUUUCAAUUUUGUUUCUGUGACUUGUACCAACUGUGUACAUUUGAUAAUUAAAAUAAACUGAAAUGAA